CAUAACCUAUAAACAAAGUUCAGGAUUACAUGGUAUGAUCAACAACUGGCAGUAAAAAUAUAAUACGACCUUGUAAAAUGGCACCAAACAUUUUGAAAAGCAGUUUAGAAAAUGCAUCGUUCAAUAUAAUAUUCCAGAUACUAUUCCGUUGCGUAACAUUUGUUCUAAAUGCAUUUGUAGUACGGCAUGUAGGCCAAGCAGUGCUUGGAGUAAUGAAUGUGAGGCUGCUCUUAUUGGAAUCUAUGAUCCUUUUCCUCUCUCGUGAACCGUUCAUGAAAGCGUGUCUGACGAACACGGCUGAACACAACUGGGCACAAGUGGUUAAUUUGCUAUGGGUGACGGUUCCAAUAUGUGCGCUCAUGUCCCUGAUCUUUGGAUACACAUGGUUGUUCAUAUUAUUGCCGUCAGAAGUAUUACCGCCUUACUAUACAUUCGCAGUUUGCGCAGUCGCUGUUUCCUGCAUUAUUGAACUAUCCUCGUUGAUUGUUCAAUUAGUUGCCAGUGCUUUUCUCUUUGUGAGGCUUAAAGUAGUCUUAGAUACAAUUAUGAUAAUCAUUCGGACGUUUACCUUUGUCAUACUGAUACUUUACCAACCGGAGAAUGCAUUAUUCGCCUUUGGAGUGGCACAGCUUGUUGCAGCCAUUUUUUACACUACCAGCCACUAUGCUUAUUUCCAUUUUUACAUUACCAAGAUAGAAGAAUUCAAGGUUCAAGAAAGACCAUCUUUAAAAGAUGAUGUUGAUGAGUCUGUGAGCAUGGAAUUCCCGUUUACAUCAAUAAAAGACUUUUUACCAGGUCAAUUGGUUAAUUCGGGGUCGUUGUUGGACAAAAAACUAUCCAUCCUUACGUGGAGUUUUUUUCGACAAGGAGUAUUGAAACAAAUUUUAACUGAAGGGGAAAGAUUGAUCAUGACCAUAAUGCCCGUUUUGACAUUUGCUGAACAGGGCACGUAUGAAAUUGUUAACAAUCUGGGUUCCUUAGCAGCAAGAUUUAUAUUCCGUCCAAUAGAGGAUAGCGGUUACUUCUAUUUCACACAGAUGGUCAAAAGGGAUAAAUCGAUACCUGAUCAAAACGUGGUGAAGGUGCAAGAGAGUGUUAAUGUCUUAACACAGCUAUGUUCAGUUGUAACAUCAAUUGGAUUGAUUGUUCUAGUUUUUGGCCAAUCUUAUUCCUCACUUUUACUCUGGUUAUAUGGAGGGCCAAAGUUGACAGCCUAUUUACCAGUUUUAUUACUGAGAUCGCAUUGUCUUGCAGUAUUACUGUUAGGAAUAAAUGGAGUUACAGAAUGUUAUACAAAUGCGACAGCAGACAGUAAAACCAUUGACCGGAAUAAUUAUAUUAUGAUAUAUGAGUCUGUAGCAUUCCUAGUAGUGUCAUAUUUUUUUGCAUCUUGGUUUGGGCCCGUUGGUUUCAUUUUUGGAAACUGCGUUAACAUGGCUUUGAGAAUUUUGCAUUCAACCAAAUUUAUAAAAAGAAGACACGAAAAUACCAAAUAUAGACCAUUAUUAGGACUCGUACCUAAACCAAUAUUCGUUGCAUCUUUAAUACUAGCAGCUGUUAUUACAAAAGUGUCACAGGCAUACUUUUUUCCGAGCGAAAAAUUAAUCCAUCUGUUCAUCGGUAUCGUAAUGUUUGGACUGGUGAUGGCUUCCUGGGUUUAUGAACAUCAAGACCUGGUUCAACUCGGUGUAAACAAAUGGCGCGAUAGGCGAAACAAACACAAAAAAGAUGAUUGACCAAUGAGUCCUUAUUUAUUGUUUGUAAUAUGACUGUAUAAAGAUUAUUUAUAAUAUAGUUACACAAGACAAUAUGUUAAUAGUAAAAAUGACAACUGUCCUCAUGACUUGGUUCAUUAAUGUGACGUUAUUUCCGGACAUAAUAUUUUACAUUCGAAGCCAUUUGAAUUUUUUUUCUCACUUUUAUCUCCAACUUAAUUUCACAAAAAUCGGACGCUUAAAAGUGUGCAAUUAUACUCUUAAGAAUUUCUUAUUAUUUAUUAAUAAUUGUAAUUCAGACAACAAAACAAUUUUAAUAGAAGGUUAUUCUCUCGUGGCAGUGUGAAAACGCGUAUACUUGCAGAGUUUUAGUGUGAGAGCCUAAAGCAAAGAAACAAGUGACAAAGCAAAUUUGAUACGCACCUGGCUUAAUGAGGUUUUCUGGU